AUGAGCGCAUCUCCAAAACGUGAAAACAUUGAAGUUGAUCACCAAAGGACUGGCGGUACCAACACCUUGGCCUCCGCAGCAGGUUCACCCCAGCAUGUCCUAGCAUCCACUGCAUCUGCAUUGGUAGUCACAGUCAACUACCGCCUUGGGGAGAUACCAACACAUAUCUCCCCAUCAUCAGAUAAAAGCUCUAUCUCUCAAGAGCCAAUUGAAGCCCCAGACCAAACCCUGGGAUCAACCAACUCCCACCUCACCUCUUACAAAUACCCAACCCCCGUCCACGACACACUGGCCGGAUUCGACUGGAUCCAAACCCACCUCCAACCAUCCCAACUAGCCGUCAUCGGCACACACGUCGGAGGCUCCCUAGCCCUCAUGCUAGCUCUAACAGAAGCACAAUCCAUCCGCGCCGUCGCCGCCAUAGACCCCAUUUGCGACUGGCCCGGUUUGGACGAGUACUGCACGCGCGAGAGCGCAAUCACCCCCAAAACACGAGCAGACGAUAACACCGUAAUCCCAACAAAAGCAUCCAAGAACAAACGCCAAUCAAGGAAAAAGAACGCACCACCAGACCUACUCCCCCUCCUGCAAGCACGCUCAAGAUUCUUCUCAACCCCAGAACGCUGCUUCGACUCAUUCGCCUCGCCAAUCCUGUUCCUCCGCUCCGCGGGCCGGGACGUACCGCGCACAUUCCCGCAGUAUCUAACGGGGCCGGAGUAUCCCGUUCCCGUGCUGAAGGAGACGCGGAGGACGACGCCGGAGGAAUACGGGGUAUCGGAUGGGUUGAUCCGGGAUCGAGAUUUGUAUUCCGAUACAGAUGCGGAUGUCGACGACGUCGAUGGUAUUGGUGCUACUGGGACCCGGCGCCGGAAGGCGCUUUCGCGCUGGCCGCCGUAUGGGCUGGAUUAUGGGCUUAGUGGGAAGACGUGGUCUGGGCCUGGGGAUGGGGUUGGGCGGUUGCAGAUGGUUUUACCUUGGGUUCGGGUGUUUACGAGUGAUGACGGUGCCGGUUUGGCGUCUGGUUCUUUGUCUUCUUCUGCGAUUGAGAUGAAGAAGAAGACUAGAGAGGGGCUUCAGGGGUCUACGGUUCUUGCUAGACAGGCUGAUGAGAUGGUUUCUGUUAUGCGGCGGGCUUGCUUUUGGGGUCGGGAGAAGGGGGUUGGGGAGCGGAGGGUUACUUUAUCUCAAGUUCGGGGUCCUGGUGAUAAUUUGGGAGAGGAAGUGGGUGACUGGUUCAAGAAUGUGUUCGAAGGAACAUUGGAGGAUAUAGAUUAA